UCUAAGGCUGGGGAGCUUCGCGCUUACUUGAAAUCUAAAGGCGCAGAGAUAUCGGAGGAAAACUCGGAGGGCGGACUCCACAUUGACUUGGCUCAGGUCAUUGAAGCAUGUGAUGUCUGCUUGAAAGACGACGAUAAAGAUGUGGAGAGUAUAAUGAAUAGUGUUGUGUCCCUGUUGCUUAUCCUGGAGCCAGACAAGCAGGAAGCUUUAAUCGAAAGCCUGUGUGAGAAGCUGGUAAAAUACAGGGAAGGAGAACGUCCUUCUUUAAGACUGCAGCUACUGAGUAACCUAUUCCAUGGCAUGGACAAGAGCACCCCUGUCAGGUACACCGUAUACUGUGCCCUCAUCAAAGUGGCAGCCAGCUGUGGCGCCAUAAUGUUCAUUCCAACAGAUCUUGAUCAGGUUCGUAAAUGGAUUACAGACUGGAACCUCAGCACAGAGAAGAAACACGUUUUACUCAGGCUUCUCUAUGAGGCUCUUGUUGACUGCAAACGAAGUGAUGAUGCCGCUAAGGUAAUGGUGGAGCUGUUGGGAAGCUACACGGAUGACAACGCAUCUCAGGCCCGUGUGGAUGCACACAAAUGCAUUGUGAGAGCACUGAAGGACCCCAAAGCAUUCUUGCUUGAUCACCUCCUUGCCUUAAAGCCAGUUAAGUUUUUGGAAGGAGAACUUAUACAUGAUCUUCUGACAAUAUUUGUGAGUGCCAAGCUGUCUUCAUACGUCAGAUUUUACCAGAAUAACAAGGAUUUCAUUGAUUCGUUGGGUCUGUCACAUGAACAGAACAUGGAGAAAAUGAGACUUCUAACAUUCAUGGGAAUGGCUGUGGAAAACAAGGAAAUUUCUUUUGAUAUCAUUCAGCAGGAGCUACAGAUCGGGGCAGAGGAUGUGGAAGCUUUCAUGAUUGAUGCUGUGAAAACCAAGAUGGUAUUCUGCAAGAUUGACCAGACGCAGAAAAAAGUUGUUAUAAGUCACAGCACACACAGGACCUUUGGAAAGCAGCAGUGGCAACAGUUAUACGACAUUCUGAACUCCUGGAAAAUUAACUUGGCUAAAGUGAAGAACAGUCUACAUAGUAUUUCUGAUGCUUGA